AUGUCUCGCAAGCGCCGCAACACCUCGUCGCCUGAACCCGACGAUUCAUCCCCUCCAAAGCGUCGCAACACCCACGAUGCCAUAGAUGACGGAGAUGAUUGGGGGGAAGAAGACGGCAAGGAAGUCCCGCAAGUUGACGAGUACUCCGGGCAGACCGGAGCAUUCCCCGGCCUGGGAAUGGAUCGCGAUGAAAUCUUCUACGGGCCCGCCUCUGAUGGGAUUGAUUAUUUGCGAAUGGUCCGCUCCGAAGCAAAAGGCGUUCCACGUAUCUUGACUGCGCCUGGCGGACGAACGGAAGAUGUGGAAGGAGAGCAGGAGGAAGAGGGGGGGUAUUACCAUGAUGGUGCAUAUACAGCAGUGACAAGAGCGCCUCCUGUUGAAGCAGAGUCAAUUCCUCCCUCGCAACAGCAUUACUACGACUCACUACUUGCGCAAUUCAAGCUUGUCCAAGCCACAAUGCGAUGUACUCCUCCACUUCGCAAUAUUCAGAAUCUCCAAUCCUCGCAGCUAAUCUCUUUUCCAGAAGGCUCCCGAAAAGCACGAAUGCAGUGGGAAGCUCACAUGUUGUCCAGCGAUCCACAUCCAGUACAAAUCGCUUGCAUGGAUUCUGACACUGUCUUGGAGCUAGUUAGAUUUCUAAAGAGAAAACUGCACCGAUUUCUCCAGCAGAGAGACGAAUCCGGUACUGUUCGGAUUGGUGCUUGGAUAUGGGCCGUGUUGGGAAAAUGCCGACAUCCAGGAGAGUUGUCGAGUGAGGAAAUCGGAGAACUUCGAGAGCUGGCUCAAAGAGCCGUUGAAAUACAGGAAGGUCGCAACGAAGAAGAAGAUGCGGCCGGAGACGAGGAUUUGGAAUUUGAAGGUCUGAUCGAGGAGGAUGCGGCAGGACGGGGCAAUGCUGGUGGAUCCCGGGCGGUUGUAAGUCCGUUGCCGGAGAGUAUGGAAGCUGGGGAUACGGAUACUCAAUAUGAUCAGGGUGCAAAGGAGGACUUAGAUCGAGCCAGGUUGAUGAGAACGACGUUGGACAUGAUAAUCACGGUCGUGGGUGAGAUUUAUGGCCAGCGAGACUUGCUCGAUCUUCGGAUGAAAUGGGUGGAUGACCAAUGA